AUGGAACUUAAGACUCCAUCGGAAGAAAGCUCCUCAAUUUCUCCCGGACCGAAAGUAAAACUAAUCAUGAGCAAGCUUCGAGCAGAAUGCGAGCUGAUGUUGAUGUUCAUUUUUUUUUCGAUUUUGGGAAACUACUCAAGAUUGGGACUAAUCGAACUCACCGACUACUCAGGUGCAUACGUGCGAGGACCGACUGUGAUGUGGGCUAAUGUGGCAGCUUGCUUCGUUAUGGGGCUGAUGCAGGAAAUGAAAGACCUCAGCUUGUUUUCGCCGCUACUCUUCACUGGUGUUACUACCGCUUAUUGCGGGUGUGUGUCAUCGUUCUCCAGCUUGAUGGUCGAGCUGUUUUCGAAUGCUGCGAACGUUUCAACCGCCCGUGUACCUUCAGGACUACCGAACCGCGCUUAUGGAAUAAUGCAAUUUCUCGCCGUUCUGCUUACCCAAUUGCUGGCGUCCAUUUGCAGCCAUAUAUUCGGACUUCUAGUAGCCAGAGAGUUUGCACCUCUUUUGGAAAGUUCUGGUACACAAGAGAAACCCUUGGCAUUUCAGCGUAUCCGCACCACGUUCGAUUUCAUUUCCAACGUUAUCCUCGUGCUCUCGGUUCCGCUCUUGAUUGUACAGAUCGUCCUGGCUGGUGUGUACGAUAACUACUCCCGCUUUUGGACUUUGUCUGCGGUUUUUGCCUUCCCAGGAGCCGUGCUGCGGUACGUGUUAUCCAAGCAGCUUAACCAUCGCUUUAGGCACUUUCCCAUGGGCACUUUUGCGGCCAAUGUGAUAGGUACACUUAUUUUAGCUAUCAUCACGCUCGUUACCAAAGGAAAACGCUCCGACGGUUCAGGUAUCAUCCACUCGAACACAGCCAAAACCGUGGUGGUGGCUCUUGGCAAUGGAUUCUGCGGCAGUCUGACCACGGUGAGCACCUUUGUAAAUGAAUGUCAGAUUCUGCCGUUCCGCAGAACCAUGAUUUACUAUUUCGUCUCGAUAUUCGUGUCAUUCGGCCUAGUAGUUGUGAUUGUGGGAUCUUAUGCUUGGACAAAAGGUCUAGAAAACUAA